AUGUUUUCUCUCUUAUGCUUAGCGACUUAUGUGGAUGAAGGAUUUCAUACAGUCACAUUAGAUUUUUAUAAUUCAGAAGUCCAAAUCAACCCUAAUUUUGAUAAUUCCAGUGUUUAUUUUACAUUUAAAUUAUCAGAUUCUUACUUAUACACCCCAACAUUACAAUUUACUUAUCCAAAUAAGUCUUCAGUUACCAAAUAUUUCUACUCAAGUACAGGAAUUUCCUUCUUUUAUCCACAUGUAUUAAUUACAAACAAAAAUCUCAACGAAUCAAUCACUUUCAAUAUUUACAUUUUGAAAAACCAAGCCUGCAAUGCUUCAUUUAUCACAACUGGAAAUAUGGAAUUAAUUUUCUCUGAUUCUGUCCAACAAACAGUUUGCGUUUUCCCUCAUAGUCCACCUGUAAAAGUAGAGCUUAAAAGCUCAUCAUCAUCUCAUAAUUCUAUGUAUACGAUUUUAUCUCCAAAUCAAAUUGACUAUUCAGAUGAAGUUACAUCCUUUUCUGGUCCUGCUAUCCUAGUUUCGCAGAUUAGCCCUGCUUAUAACUCUACACUUAAGAUUUAUGACUCAACAGAUAUUUUAAUGAAAAAAUCUUGUUUAGAAAGCGAUUUCUAUAUACUAAACCAAUACGGCUUUAUUAACCAAGCUUUUUCUGGCCAUCAAAUUUACAACUGCAUCUACGAUAAGCCUUCUAAUUGGCCUUUCAUUGUUUUCUUUACUGCACUUGGAAUUAUUGUUACCCUUAUCAUUGUUUGUUGCUUUGUUUGCUGUUGCUGCUGCAGACCAAAGCCAAAUUACAUUUCAUCAUUCCAAACUCAACCUUCUCUCGAACAGUACUCUUAUCAGCAAUAUUCGCAACCUCCUGCCCAACAAUACUCAGAAGUUCCAACUCAACCUUACGGCCAACCACUUUUGCAAAAUCAGCCAAAUAAUUAUCAGCAAUAUACACAACCAACUAGUGAUCCAUAUUCUGGUGUACCAACACAACCUUAUAACCAACAAAAUUAUCAAAAUCCUCCAAAUAAUUAUCCACAAUAUGCCGAUCAACAAGUUCCAGUCCAAGAUCAGCUGCAAAACCCUUAUUCAGCCGUUAAUUCUGUUUAUUAA